CGUCCUAUCACGAGUGGUCAGGGGCUUGAGCGCGUUCUCUCAUAUAUGGUUUCCAUGACAGCAUAACCGGGGUCCUCUAUCGUGAGGAAGUGGAAAGCUGGACAGAACUACAGUCAUUGUAGCUCAAAGAAAAUAAAGCAUUUUUAGAUGAAAGAGUAAAGAAGACAUAUUUUUUUCCGAAAAGUGUUUUUAAUGUUAGCUAGAAACUAACAUAAAUUGGAAGUUUAGAAGGCAUAUGGACUCGGACAACGAGAAGCCGCGCAAGAAGAAGAGACGGCCGCACUGGAUUGUGCGUGGUCUCGGGCCGAGUUUUACUGCCUGCAUGGGUUUCGUAAUAAGCGUGCUGUACAUCACUUUCCCGUGCGCUUGGUUGGCUACUCAUGUUUCAGUGGCCUAUCCUGUGGCCUCUGCAAUGUUACUAACUGGGACCGUGGUAACUUUCCUGGUGUCAAGUUUCAUGGAUCCUGGCAUUCUCCACCAAGGCCCCCCAUGGCCAGGCACAGCAGAGGUGGCCUAUGUGAUAGUGAAUGGUCAGAGGUAUGAUAUGGACUGGUGCAGUAGGUGUGAGAUCUACCUUCCCCCUGCUGCAUGGCACUGCCGUCGCUGCAAUGCCUGUGUGGACCGGUUCGACCACCACUGUGAGUGGCUGAAUAACUGCGUGGGGAGACGUAACUACCGUGUGUUCCUGCUCUUCCUCCUGCUGCUGACGUCAUACCUGCUCCUGGUCCUCUCCUCCUCUCUGUUCUAUCUCUUCCUCACCCUCCUCACCCUGCACCAGCCCUUCAGCCUGCCCCACGCCACCACUGUGGUCGUCAUGGUUACCAGCCUGGCCUGUGUGCUCUUGGUCUUGGUUAUACUCAUCAGCAACAUCAAGCUGAUCUCCAAGGGGGAGCCAUCCUCUACUAUAGAGCCCUACUUUGAGCCUGAUGAUAAGAACCCAUUUGAUCAGGGCUGCUGGAAGAACUGGACCCACGUCCUCUGUUCCCCGACUGGACCCAGGUAUCUGGGGGCUGUGAAGCCCAGCAGAAGAGGAGACACUGAGGGGGACAGGAGCAGUCUAACCCUUCUCCAUCAGGAGGACCAUUGUUUGUACAGCUGCAGCUCAGUCCCCUGUUGUAAUACUUGUAAACAUCACAAGGUGGCGGUAGGCCCAGCCAGCCCAGGCCGUUUCAAGCACAGCACACCGAGUCUAGACAGUCUGAAGGAAGGGAGAGGCUGUCGCUGCUGCUACAGGGAAGUAGUACCAGCCGGCUGUGUGACAACAGACAAACACAGCGACAACAACAAGCCCUCACAGAGCUCUGCUGUGGAGAUCCCAGAUAUGUUGGCUGCUGGUGAUGAGGACUUGGACCAGGAACGGAAUGGAGUUCUGAUCAGAGCAGCAAAGUAGCUUUACAUCCUGACCACCAGAGGGAGCUGUGUAGACAACCACAACACCAACACCAGCCCUAGGCCUGGACCACCUCAAAACCACACCAUAACCAACACCAGCCCCAGGUCUGGACCACCUCAACACCAUAACCAACACCAGCCCCAGGUCUGGACCACCUCAACACCAUAACCAACACCAGCCCCAGGUCUGGACCACCUCAACACCAUAACCAGCCCCAGGUCUGGACCACCUCAACACCAUAACCUACACCAGCCCCAGGCCUGGACCACCUCAACACCAUAACCUAUACCAGCCCCAGGCCUGGACCACCUCAACACCACACCAUAACCAACACCAGCCCCAGGCCUGGACCACCUCAACACCAUAACCUACACCAGCCCCAGGCCUGGACCACCUCAACACCACACCAUAACCAACACCAUCCCUAGGCCUGGACCACCUCAACACCAUAACCAACACCAGCCCCAGGUCUGGACCACCUCAACACCAUAACCAGCCCCAGGCCUGGACCACCUCAACACCACACCAUAACCAACACCAGCCCCAGGCCCGGACCACCUCAACACCACACCACCAACACCAGCCCCAGGUCUGGACCACCUCAACAUCAUAACCAACACCAGCCCCAGGCCUGGACCACCUCAACACCACACCAUAACCUACACCAGCCCCAGGCCUGGACCACCUCAACACCACACCACCAACACCAGCCCCAGGCCUGGACCACCUCAACACCAUAACCAACACCAGCCCCAGGCCUGGACCACCUCAACACCACACCAUAACCUACACCAGCCCCAGGCCUGGACCACCUCAACACCAUAACCUACACCAGCCCCAGGCCUGGACCACCUCAACACCACACCAUAACCAACACCAGCCCCAGGUCUGGACCACCUCAACAUCAUAACCAACACCAGCCCCAGGCCUGGACCACCUCAACACCACACCAUAACCUACACCAGCCCCAGGCCUGGACCACCUCAACACCACACCACCAACACCAGCCCCAGGCCUGGACCACCUCAACACCAUAACCAACACCAGCCCCAGGCCUGGACCACCUCAACACCACACCAUAACCUACACCAGCCCCAGGCCUGGACCACCUCAACACCAUAACCUACACCAGCCCCAGGCCUGGACCACCUCAACACCACACCAUAACCAACACCAGCCCCAGGCCUGGACCACCUCAACACCAUAACCAGCCCCAGGCCUGGACCACCUCAACACCAACACCAGCCCCAGGCCUGGACCACCUCAACACCAUAACCAGCCCCAGGCCUGGACCACCUCAACACCAUAACCAGCCCCAGGCCUGGACCACCUCAACACCACACCAUAACCUACACCAGCCCCAGGCCUGGACCACCUCAACACCAUAACCUACACCAGACCCAGGCCUGGACCACCUCAACACCACACCAUAACCAACACCAGCCCCAGGCCUGGACCACCUCAACACCAUAACCUACACCAGCCCCAGGCCUGGACCACCUCAACACCACACCAUAACCUACACCAGCCCCAGGCCUGGACCACCUCAACACCACACCAUAACCUACACCAGCCCCAGGCCUGGACCACCUCAACACCAUAACCAACAC